GACGCUGUCCUUACUGAGGCGUCGGCAUCAAAGAGGAAGCGCGAGCUGCCAUGACGAUAGUGAUUGGCUUCGAAGGAAGUGCCAAUAAGAUCGGCAUUGGCAUCAUAAGGGACGGCGAAGUGCUUUCCAACCCGAGACGAACCUACAUUACACCUCCCGGUCAAGGGUUCAUGCCGAGCGAUACAGCCAGACACCACCGUGCAGUUGUACUGACUGUCCUGAAGGAGGCGCUGGAGCAAGCGGGGCUGAAGCCCGCAGACAUCGACUGUGUGGCGUACACGAAAGGUCCUGGUAUGGGGGCUCCCUUAGUAACCGUAGCUCUAGUGGCUCGCACGGUGGCGCAGCUCUGGGGGAAGCCGCUCCUUGGAGUCAACCAUUGUAUCGGACACAUUGAGAUGGGCCGACUCAUCACCAAAGCCAACAACCCCACUGUGCUGUAUGUUAGCGGGGGCAACACUCAGGUUAUUGCCUACUCGGAGCGACGGUACCGAAUAUUUGGGGAGACUAUUGACAUAGCAGUUGGCAACUGUUUGGACAGGUUUGCUCGCGUUAUUAAGAUUUCUAACGACCCAAGUCCAGGUUACAACAUCGAGCAGAUGGCCAAAAAAGGGACUCGGUACGUGGAGCUGCCGUAUACGGUCAAAGGAAUGGACGUCUCGUUUUCUGGAAUUUUGUCCUAUAUUGAGGAAGCUGCUAACAAAAUGCUGAGCUCUGGUCAGUGCACAGCAGAAGAUCUGUGUUUCUCACUUCAGGAGACUGUGUUCGCGAUGCUCGUGGAGAUCACGGAGCGGGCCAUGGCUCACUGUGGCUCCCAGGAGGUCCUUAUUGUUGGGGGCGUUGGCUGUAACCUCCGUCUGCAGGACAUGAUGGGGAUCAUGUGUACAGAGAGAGGAGCCAAGCUGUUUGCCACAGAUGAACGGUUCUGCAUAGACAACGGAGCCAUGAUUGCUCAAGCUGGCUGGGAGAUGUUCCGGUCCGGUCAGGUGACAGAGCUGAAGGACUCAUGGAUCACACAAAGGUACAGAACAGACGAGGUGGAGGUGACGUGGAGAGACUGACUGCGCUCAGAAAUAAUAAAGGAUGGAAUAUCUCCGUGGAGAAAACACAACUUGGGAUUCUACUUAUGUCAGAGUGUCAGUUACGUCCGUUA